GUGAUGUGAACAUCCCUACUAUUUUUGAGAUCACACCAAUACUAAGGGAAACAAAUGACAAUGUGAACAGAGGUGAAGUAAUAAAGCCGAACGAUCGAGUCGUCCCUUUUCGAUUACGACCAGCAAGCAGACAACAUCUUCUUUCAUUUAACUCCGACCGAUACCUGUCUUUCGCGUGGUUAUCAGUGGCGACGGGGAUAUUGGAAGUUUUUGCUUACUGUCCGGGAGUUUGGUAAAAUCGGGUAAUUAAAACACGCAGUGAAAACGGCGAACUACAACCGGUAAAACCAUUUUUCGAGACAGAGCGAAAACACGUGUUUUCUUUUGUUUGAGUGACGGGCUCAAAAGUGAACAUUUUGUUUUUGGUGCGGCACAUUUUUUUUUCCUUCUGCUCGUCUGCUUAGUGGUGGCCUUGGCAGUAAAAUUCUAUCUCUAUUUGGAGUGGAUGUGCGGUGGGCCGGCAGAAAUCCGGAAAAAGGUGUGCAGCACGUAAUAAUCGUUUAACAUAGCGGAAAACGUCCGGCGGAAGGCUGUUCCGGUAGAACUUUCUACGGUUCCGGCUGGGGUUCUCGCGUUGAAAGGUGGUGUGUGGUGCGGAGGAACAAAAGGACGACGCCAUUUUGUUGGAGCUGGUCCGACAUUGGUAAAGCAGGCGGUGCGCGUAAGUCUCGAGGCAAAUAAUAUUUCUUUUGUUCGUAUCACAAAAGAAGUCGACUAAACUUUGUUCGACAGAAAGUGUGCUUUGUUUCUUUUGCUCUUGGGUGGAAUUCUACUGUGCGCAAGGCUGUGCGCUUGCAUUUAUUUUUCACGUUUGAUUUAAUUUCGAUCAAUUAAGAGUGUGAUUCUUAUAUUUAAUAGAUUAGUGGUUGCGUUUAAACGGUUCUUGGUCCGAGUCGUGCUAGCUUUGCGUGAUUUUGGCCGGCAUCUGGGCGAGCAACAGGACAACGAGCUCGAUUGGUCAUCUGUGAGGACGCGCUGUGUAGUCUGGUGCGGUGGUACGACGCCAUUUUGUACGAUCGAGACAGUGAUUACCAGCGGAAGCUCGAGGACGUCGCUGUUGGAGGUGCUUGGAAGUCAUUGUUUGGCGUGACCUUGAGUUAAGUAGGCCAAAUAAGCUGGCAACGGCCGGAACAGGAGAAACGGGCAAAAUGAGCAUGGCAUCGAGUAUCGAGCAGUACCGCAAAGGCGCAGUCUUUGGAGAUUGGGCCGAUAGGCUAGAAUACACGUUUAAGGCCAACAAAGUGGAGGGUGAACUUAAAAAAUCACAUUUUAUGAACCUUUGUGGUCCGUUUAUCUAUUCUCAACUUAAACUUCUCUUCAAGAAGGAUGAAUUAGACAAAGCUGAUUAUGCUACCAUUGUGGCAAAACUCAAGCUUAAACUUGAUUUAGUUGAGCCUGACCUUGUACAACGGUUUCGGUUCAGUCAAAGAACGCAACAACCGGACGAAACCGCUGAGGAGUUUGUGCAAGCGGUCAAACUUCAAGCUGAGUUUUGUGGGUUUGAAAAUUUCAAAGAAGUUGCAAUCAUUGAUAGAGUUUUGGUUGGACUUAGUGAUGCUGUGUUGAAGGAAAAUCUUCUGAAGGAGGAAAAGUUGGAUUUGGCAAAAUUGGACAAGUUUAUCACUACAUGGAACAUUGCUAAACGCAAUGUACAUUCGCUUUUCAAUCAAAAUUCGUGCGCUAAUUACAACUACCCUCCUCCGGAGAUGAUUAACCAAGUGAGAAGACCAGUUCACGAGCGUUUGGGCCAUCCCUACAAUCAAAGACAACACACACGCACACAAAACAAUGUCAAUAGACAGGGUAACGGUUUCAAUAGAUCGGGAAAUGGCUACAACAGAUCUGGUUACAACAACAACAACAACAAUCACAAUCGCACACAAAAUUCGCAAAACACUCAACGUACAGUUCGAUUCCAAGGUGAUAACCGUAACAACACACAAAGAAACACAAACUACAGUAACAAUAACAGACUAAAUGGUCGUAACAACUACAACAAUUGGCCUAAGAGGGAUUAUUCAGAGAUGGUAUGUGAUUACUGCGGGGAGUUAGGUCAUAUAAAAAGAAAGUGUUUCACAUUGAGAAACCUGCGGCGAGAUGCGGUGAAUUUCAUCGAGGCCGCGAAGCCAGGGACCAGUGCUGAAAAGGAGUUGUCAGAUCUGAUGGGGCGCAUGAGGACAACGGAUGUUCCUAGGGCGGAGACAUCGGAUGAUGAAAGCUACUCCGAGUGGAAUCCAGAUACAAAUUGGAAACGCGGUGCUAAUCGCGCAGCGCGGACAGCUUAAACCGCGACGUGAACGCCGGCACGAGCAUCCAAAUUUGAUGAUGCCGCUCGCGAAGCCGGUGACGAACGAAGCUGAAGACAACCUGGAGUUCGAGAUGGGAGAAGAUUUUGAGAUAUUGCGGGGCACCGGAUGCGGUGAAGGCCCGUUCCGAGGUUUUCCGGAACCGGUUCAACCAAGAGCGAGGAGACGGAAGCGGGAUGCCGCCGAGGCAGAAUUGCCAGAGAUUUGUCUUCGGCGUUCUAAACGCAUAA